GAAGUGAGCAGUUUGUAGGAGUCUCUGCCUCCGCAGACCUGGCUGGGACUUCCGCUGGGGCUGCUCCUGGUUGCUCUGAGCUCCGGGCUGGGGGGCUUCUUUUCGAGGGCCAGGAGGGCUUCCUACUGCCCCCCAGACCACCCUCAGUCUUUCUCUUUUGUCUCUGUUUCCUCCGGGGCCUGAGCUCCCAGAAAGGGGCCUCAAGAAGACAAUGGAGUCAGAGUGUAUCUACAACCUUCUGCAGCUCCCUGCCAACAUGGAGCCCCCAGUGGUGGAGCUGGCUCAAGGAGAAAAGAAGAAAUAUUUGCAGCCUGACUCUCGAAACAACCCGGAAUUCAAAGAGCUACAAAAGGCCUUGAUGGAGUGGAUCAACAGCAGCCUUUUUCGGGAACACAUAGUGGUCCAAAACCUGGAGGAAGACCUGUUUGAUGGGCUUGUCCUGCAUCAUCUCCUGCAGAAGCUCACGUCUGUCACGUUGGACGUUGAAGAGAUCGCUUUGACCGCCAGCAACCAGAAGAGGAAGCUGGCUGUUGUAUUGGAGGCACUGCAUCAGCAUUUGCAGCUUGAGGAGAGCGCGGCCAAAUGGAAUGUGGAGAGCAUCUUCAAUAAGGACUUGUUGGCCACUCUCCAUCUUCUGGUGGCCAUGGCCAAGCACUUCCAACCUGACCUGCCCCUCCCUGCAAAUGUCCAAGUGGAAGUAGUAACAAUUAAGAGCACCAAGAAUGGCUUAAAGUCUGAGAAGUCUGUGGAGCAGAUCACUGACUGCAACAUGGAUUCAGAUCAGCAGUCAAAAGUUGACAUCUUUGAUGAAUUAUUUAAACUUGCCCCAGAGAAAGUGAAUGCUGUCAAAGAGGCAAUCAUAAAGUUUGUCAACAAGAAGAUGGAGCGUUUGGGAUUGUCUGUGCAAAAUAUUGAUACCCAGUUUGCAGAUGGGGUUGUUCUAAUCUUGUUGGUCGGACAGCUUGAAGGCUAUUUCCUGAACUUGAAAGAUUUUUUCCUGACCCCCAGUUCUCCUGCUGAAAUGCUGCAUAAUGUUAACCUGGCCAUGGAGCUACUGAAGGACGGAGACCUGCUCAAUUACCCGGUCAACCCCGAAGACAUCACCAGUGGGGACCCCAAAGCUACACUGAGGGUACUUUAUGGCUUGUUUUCCAAAUACAAGAUGAGUGAGGACUCCAAGGAGACAAAGACCGAAGCUGGGAAUUAGGAGUUCUUGAAGACUGUGCUCUGCUGAAGUGGUUUGCGUUUCAGCCAAUGUGAUCUUUGCAUGUGUGUUUAAUCUUUGAAGUAACAGGAGUCCGUGGAAGUUAACUGAGUGAGAAGUGGUGGCGUGGCCUGGAAUUGGAAUCUGUUUAUGUUUUAGCUGAGGCUUUACAUCCCCAAUAAAUGUGAGCUUAUCUCUGAAAGAAUGUGGCCCUAUGACCUUGAGCUUGACCUCAGUCCUUGUGGGAUGGAUGACUGAUCAGCUCUUUAACCCCUGUGGUCAUGAGUGGACACGAAGCCUUCACCUAGGUUGCUGACAGCAGCCUGGAAGCCUUGGGUCUGGCUUUCUGAUAGCCCAGGAGAAGAGCUGGUGGGGAAUGGCAACACCAUUUCCAACAUGUAAUCCCAGAACCAAGAAGGACCUUUGAGGUCAUUGAAUCCAGCCCGUAUCCAUGUCAGAAUCCCCUUUAUUUUGUUCCUGACAAGCAUUCACCUAGUCUUCCCUUGGAUAUUUUCAGUAAAGGGAAAAAUCUCUCCCAUCAAAUUUUUGGACAGCACUUAUUGUUAGGAAGUCUUUCCUUGUAUCAAAGAGUUGAAAAUUUGUCUCACUGGAGAAGCAUUAUCUUGGUGGCUUGGUCAUGUCAAGGUAGGCCUCUAGCAUUUUGGGUGGACCUGCUGCAGUCAACUUAUGGGAGGUUGAGGGUGCAAGGGACAUAGGAGGGGUAGACAAGAAUGAGUUGCCUUCUUCCUCUUUGGAGGGAACAGCUAUAUUGAUGAGAUCACAGAUCCAUCUGAAUGUUCCAAUAUGACUCCCACCCAGAAAGUCACACCUAAUGAGAACCAAAUGGAACUUUAAAUGGGUAGAAAGCAUGCCAUCCAACCAGGAAGUGAACAGGAUUCCCUCUGUGUUGUCCCUGACAAAGGAUAAUAGUCUCUGAAGAUAUCCAGGAAUGUGAAAUUUACUACCUUCCACUAAAGGCUGGCUACAUCAUCUAGUCAAGUCAAGUCCAUGAGCAUUUAUUAAGCCCUUGGUAUGUGCCAGACACUGUAUUAAGUGCUGGGGAUACCAAAAAAACAGCUACCCCAAAAGAGAGAGACCAAUGUUGUUAUCUUGUUUAGAGAGAUUGAAAGGGGUAGCAUGGAAAGAAGAGAGCGAGUAGGGGGCUAUCUAUCCUUUUAUUCUUCAUAAUUUUUGUUAAAAUUCUAGAUAUGAUAGAAUAGCCUUCCCUUCCUAGGUCUGGGUGUAUGUGGCCACUUGGGAGGGUCAAAGGAAAGAGUCAGACCCAGGUUACAGAGUCCUGAAAUAUCAGAGCUUGGAGAGCCUUUAGGACAUGCAAUGUCAGAGCUCAGAAGGGCCUUAGAAAUCCUUCUUCCUCGUUGCCAACCACUGGAAUUGAUUGUUCUGAGAUUCACCAGACAUCUGGUGCCAACAAGUUUGAAAAUAAUCAUCUUGCUUCUCCCAGAAAAUUUAAUUAAAUCAGCUCACUGAAGGAACUGUAUCUAAAGUGAAAUCCUGUGGCUAUUUUCACAUAUUUUGUAGGAAAGAAAUAAAAAAACCCUCUCCUUGGGGUGGCCUAAUGGUCCUACCUGCCUAUGGGGGAGCUGGUGCAGAGCUUUCUCUUAACUAAGCCCUGGCAUUUUCUGUUUUCCAAAGGAAUCAAACCUUGCAGGAGGAUUAAAGAUGGUAUUUGCAGGGCUUCAUUUCUAGAGCUGAGGAGAUUAUGCUCAGAAUUUGGCAUUUUAGGUAGAAAACUAUCAAGGGAGAAAAAAGCAGAGGGAAGGAGUGUAGGUGGCAUCCACUGCUAAUCAGGAUAUUACCAUGGCCUCCUGCAGCAGGUUCAAGAGCAGAUCUUAAUUUGAAGCCAGAGGACCUGGGUUCAAAUUCCAGGAUGGCUACUUCCUAAGUGACCUUACCCAAGUCACUUCCCCUCCUUGGGAUGGAGGGGUUGGACCACCAAGAUGCCUUUUAGAUUUAGGCAAUUCCUCACCUUGAAUUCCCAAUUUGUCUAUAUAAGCAAGCCCUCUUCUACAUUGUUCUAUAGUGGAUUUUCAUUUCAAUGCCCUUGUAAGACAGAGGCUACAUCUCCAUCUGACAAGUGGUGAAACAGAGUCCUAGAGAGCUCUGUGACUUGCCCAAGGUCACCCAUCAAGUAUGUUGUAGGAGUACAUAUGUAUGUGGAACGCUU